GAAUGCAAUCUUAUUCUGCAGCCACCACCUGUUAUUGAUCAUGUCUCUUGCAGCUAUGGCUAUUCCUUCGAUAUUUACACCCAAGACACCUUCACGCCCUCGAAACUACCACUCUCUUGCUCGCGAACCCCUGAACUCAUCGCCGCUGGCAUCCUCUCCUGGCUCAUCGCCAGUAUCAGCUGCGCAAGCUCGCAGGCGUUCUCAGUAUAAAACUCAUGCAAUAAACACACCUAGCUCGUCCCGUUCACGGCAGCCGUCACGACACAAUACUAGUGCUUAUCACAUAGGCAGUAGUCCUCGCGCUCAGUCAGCCGCCGAGUGCCCUGUGCCUGCCGACGAGGCACGAAGAGCUCUUCUGAGAGAGCGGUUCCGGAACCAAUGUUUCGAACGUGCGCAGAAAGCUAGAGAACGAAAGAUAGCAAGUAAGCGGAGGAUGAGCAGCGACUUCAGUAGCGAUGGUGCGGAUGAGGAUAUGGACUUCGAAGGGUCCGAAGAUGAAGAUACUAUUCUAAAUGAUGAGCUCUUCAGCCGCAUAAUGUCGAGCACCAAACGGAAAAGACUGCACCAAUUUCGUGUUUCUUAUGCGCAGGACGUCGGAUCCUCCUUUGACCCCGAUCUAGACAAUAUUACAGAAUGGGAGAAUGACCUUCGAGAGGAACCUGAGCCAAGUCUUGUUCCCGAUGACCUGGAAGCGGAGGAGUUAGCGGCAUAUGCGCAGGAGUACGAGCUUGGACUCGACGAUCUUUCUUACGACGAAAUCUUCGGCGUUAGCGACCUUGAAGAUGCGGAUGAGGAAGCCGUGUCACGUCCGCCACCUUCGGCAACCAAAGGGAAAGCUAAGGAGACCGGAGGCGAAGAUGUUGACAUGCAUAUGGACGCAUAGACUUGGAAUUAUCGGCGGAUAUCGUGUAUCAUUAUUCUUGUUGUAUUUUAGAUCUCGUUAUGCUUAGCAGCAUCUAAAGUCUUUCUGACAGCUGUAACUCCUGGACAUGUACGUAUACGUACAUUGACAUACUUUCAACUCUAGGAUCCUGAGCGCUUUCCAGAUUCAGAUCUCAGAGUUCUUGUCUCAUACUACACCAAAAUUUAGCAAUC